GAGCCUGCUCUGAGCCGUGUUGUUGUCAUAGCGAGCUAACUGUCAUUUGUGCUGUUAACUUCUCAGAUACACAAUGUCUUCAGACUUUGAAGCAUACGAGCAGGAAUUUGGAACGCUUACGGCGGAUGUAACGAAUAAAAUCGGCAGAAUCCCGAAACUAAGUGGAGAGGAGAAGACACAGCUGGUUCUAAAUGUCGACAAACAGCUUGAAGAAGUCAGAGAGUUGAUGGAGCAGAUGGAUCUUGAGGUGCGUGAGAUCCCCAUCCAGAGUCGAGCCAUGUACAACAGCAGACUGAAGAGCUACAAGCAAGAGGUGGAGAAGCUUGAGAAGGACUUUAAAAGGUCACGCAUCGCCUACAGUGAUGAGGUGCGCAACGAGCUCCUGGGGGAUGAUGCCAGCUCCUCGGAGAGCCAGUUGAUAAAGUUACGCGAAGAGAGAGCGCAUCUGUUGGACAACACAGAGAAGCUGGAAAGGUCAUCACGCAGACUGGAAGCCGGCUACCAGAUAGCAGUGGAGACCGAACAAGUUGGACAAGAGAUUCUUGCCAACCUUCACACUGACCGUGAGAAGAUCCAGCGAGCCAGAGAAAGGCUCAGAGAAACAGAUGCCAAUCUGGGCAAGAGUUCUCGUAUCCUCACUGGCAUGCUGAGAAGGUAAGAGGAAGGAUAAUCCAGAAUCGAGUCCUGGUCUUCAUCCUGGGGGCCAUCAUCCUUCUCACCAUCAUCCUGGCCAUCUAUUUCAAUCUGCGGGGCCAGUGAUUUCUCCUCAACACACACACGCGCACACACACACACACGGCUCCCCCUCAUGCCUCUGACACAAACACAAACACACAUGCGUGAUUAAUAGCGACAAAAGGGUUGUUCUGCUGUAAUUAGGACAAAUGGUCCCCAUGAAUCACGGUUUCCAAAGCUCGACAGGGAGCUUUUUUUCUUCCCUCCUCUCUGUCGCGCUUUUCCUGUUUGUGAUACGUUCUCAUUUGCCUUCUUCUUCUCUCAUUUUCUCCCUCUGCGUCAGGCAUCUGACAGGACAAAAAUAGAUUUUUCUUUUUUAACUUCCGUCAGUGGUCAAACAAUUUUGGAACCAACUGAAACAUGUUCUUCGUCCUUCAGACAUGGACAUGUACGGUUGUCACGUUUGAAUGACUGAUGUGGGAAUGCAGAGUCUGAACCCCUCAGCAGCCACACAGGACAGAGGACAGUGCCUUCCUCCCAGAAAAAUGUCGUCUUAUUCCUUCACAGCUCUGCAACUGGUUUGGGGCUGCGCUGACAUAAUUUCAGAGCUUCUUAUUAGCAGUGCCAGUUAGCAGAACAACCCUUGUCAUGUCGUCUCGUCAGUCGAAAUGCAAAGACAAAAGCCACACACAUCUACAAACCAAACUCUUUUCAAAUAUUACAUGAAACCUCGCACACAAACUCUCCUCCACACACUCACUCACUUUUUAACCAAACUUUGUCUCUACUCUGUAAGUACUAAUGAUUUCAUGAACAGUAUAUAGUGUUUCUUCUUUAUAUUAGUCCUGUUAUUUAUUUGACAUUGCAUUUGCGUGCUAGUACUGCUGCAGUCGAGCUGAGACUUGACUCCAGCACACCGACCAAAUGCUGUGUUGUUUCUCUUGUUGUAAAAGUUGUGUAAAAUGUUUUUCUUUGGGAUGAGACUGUUGUUUUGCUGUGACGCUGAGUGCAGCGAAAAAAACAUGUUUGAUUUUUUUUUUUCUGGUGUGAAGAGGGAAAGUCCUUCUGCAGUGGGACAGGAACAGUCAGAGUAUUCGCAUCUGCUUUAGUUGAAAAUACUACACACACACUAUGUGUCCUACCACGCACAGAUGCACACGCACUUCUAACCGCUACCUUGCCUCUUUUACCCUAUUAGCAUAACAAAUGAAUGGCUGACUGAAAUCCAUUCCACCAAGAUGUGUGACUCCCAAAACCGUGCUCCCCGGCAGACUGAGCUGAAGAGGGAGGUGAAGGGAGGGAAGGAAGGAGGACAGAGAGCAGGCAAACACAGAGCUUUGUGCCGGGGUCUUAAGUCCCUGGUAGCUUUUUCCUCGUGUAACCUUGCCAGUGUUGCACACGGGUGUCUGUGUGCACUUAGGUUAGUGUGUUUUAGUGUGUUUGACUGUAUGGAUUUCCGUCGUGUGCGUGCACGAUUGCCUGAGUGUGUUUCUGUGUGUCUGCAUGUGUGUGUGUGACUGAGCUAAUGACACUCAUGUACUUGGUAUGUACACAUGUUGAAUUGUGUGUUGAUCGUGUGUGUGUGUGUGUGUGUGCGCACUGCUCGCGCCAACACGCCUUUUUCUUCUCCUCUGAAUAUCUCUCUUUCUCAUCCCACUUGCCCCCCCACUUCUACCUCUCCUGCCACCUUUCUCUCCCCCUCCCUCUCUUUCUCUCGUCCCCCUCUCCCCCGCCCUCCUCCCGGGCUGUCAGAUGAGCGGCGCGGUAGCGAGCGAGCGAGCGGUGGAAGGCAGCGUGGCGGCGGCUUCUAUUUGAAGUUGUAAUGGUGUCAAAAAGUCAGGGCUGACUGACAGACGUCAGUCCCACAGGGCCUCAUUAAAAACAGACCCACUUGACAAGGAAAUAAUUGAGCGGCGGCGACAACUCUGGGGCCCCUCUUGCCUUUUUAGAUGUUUUUAUUUUUGUUUCAUUAUUACCGCCGAGCUAUUAUGUUCAUUAAGAAAUGGCAUUAAAACAAGUUAGCGCGAGCGUGGAGGGUGAAGGAAGACGGGAUGCGCGGAGGUGUAGAGAGAUAACGAUUUGUUUAGAGCCUGUCCCAUUUUAUUAUUAAAAGCCAAGCAACAUCAUGUGACACCUCCACCAUCGUCUGCCUCUCCAUCCGCUUUUUCUCUUUCCCCUUUCCUCAUCCCUCAAUCUUUCCCCGCUUUAAUCUCCCCCCUCUUGUCCACCUCCGUCUUCCUCCACCUGCCCGUCACUGUCUCCCUCUCACUGUCAUUGGGACACGAUUGAGAUUAUUCAUCAAUAUUUCCCAGCCCCUCCGCUCCUGCUGAUUUGAUUUCGACAAGCGUCUCUCGGCGAGAGCAGGGGAUGAAAACUUGUCAAAAGUAAGUUAUGUCUUAUUCCAGAGGGCAACAAAAGCAGCAGGUACAGACAGCCUUUAAUAUUUAAUUGAGAUGGGUGUUAACCCUCCGUAAGUGACUCCCACACCGACAGAAGGAGGAGGGGAUCAGACAUUAGCAGUCUCAUGUCUGAAGAGUGCUUAUGAGGCUCCAGGAGAACAGCUCGGGUGGUGUUCACUUAUCCACUCUUCAACCAUGUGCGUGGUUUUCAAAUAGUUCCCACGGCCACGAACGCACCGCCUGCGCCCCGUCCUGCCGGCUGCUCUACAAAGUUUACAUGAAAGCUGCUGCUCCUCACGAAGAAGCUGUGUGAUGAUCCACCAUUUCACGUGUGUCAGCCAUUUAAUAUAACAAGAAGUUGUGACGAGAGGUGUUUGAGCCGACUGCCCCCCCUACCCCCAACCCCACCGCAGUAGGCGGGACUUCCAGCUCGGCGGUAGGUCUGUCACACGGAGUGGGCGGGACUUCAGCUACAGACCGUCUCCAUCAGAAAAGAUCCUGCGAUGACAGAAAAGUCGUCAACGGCAGUAAAUCUCCCAUUGUUUGAUUCAGAGGCUGCGGUGGAUGCCCCGGCAAUAAACGCUCACACACAAUGUUGUACUCUUAUUAAGAGGAGCCGUGUUCUCCGUUUGUACAGGAGUCCCUGCAGAAUGGCUUUCUUUCACACCCUCUUCCUUUAUGUGUCUUUUCUUUGGUCCCCUUCUGCACUGUCCACCAUUUUAACAGCGAAUACAAUAACACGACAACGGUCGCCAUUAUUAGAGGAAGUGACAGAGAUUGUCUGUUUUCUGGAGAUGGCAGGAGACGACUGAGGGGUCACGCUGUAAAACUUCCUAAUUGCAUGUGUGUGACUCAGGAUCUCUGUCUUUUUUUCCCAACCAGACUCCAAAAGUGUGAAACAUAAAUCUGAAGUCAAGAAGUCUAUGAUACUAGUCUGUCAAUAAAGCUGCUUUUAAAAAUCCAUGAUUGGCUGUGACUUCACUUUCUGCUGGGUCUCAGUGGGAAACCUACCAUUUGUCUUGCACUGCCUCAUUUGCAGCUUCUCGCUGUUAUUUCAAGUGUUUGAAUGGCAUCACUCCAUGUCUUUCCCACUUACUGGGACGGAGUAUUGCAUACUCCAGCUUCAUAGGGUCAGAGGUCACCUGGACCUGUUACUAAUCUGCACACGCACAUUUUUGAUGAUGAUUCAGUCUGCACCUGAGUCACGGAGGGGCAUCUUUCUGCAGCAAUUUCAACUUAUCACCACCUUUGGACUAAAGCUUUGGACUGAACUCUAUUUAUUGAUCAGAAGGACCUCACUGUUUUUGUAAUAGUCUGAUUGGCACCGUGUCCUUUGCUUCCUCUGUUUUCUGAAUUGUGAAUUUAUUUUUUGGUGCAUGUCGCUGCAGUUUCAGCAUCUGAUGUGGCGGCGCAUCAGAUAUAUUUUAACUGAACUUGAAAAGCUUGACUUGGCUUUGUUUUUGCUUCAGAGCGUUGCUGCUCAAGGUCCUAUCUGGUCAGUAUUCAAAAGUAAUUAAAUUAAUUUUAG